AUGUCGAGCUCGUCGUCUUUCUCGGGCAUGUCGUUUAGGCAGACAAUGGCGCUCACCGCUGUUGUCGCCUCGCUGGCCACCACGACCGCCAUCCUCAGCUACCAGGCUAUCCGCCGUGAAGCGGCGACUGAGCGCCUGAAGCGUCAGGUCGGCAAGGAUGUUGACGAGUGGGAGCGCGAGCACGCGGGCGACAGCGGAAGCUCGUCCCCUGCCCAGGACGCCGAGUCGUGGAGCGUUGGCGAGAAGAAGCCCCGCGAGUUCGCCAAGGGCCAGUUUGACGAGUCGCUCAUUCGCGAGCAGCUCACCCGCAACUACAACUUCCUGGGAGAGGAGGCGAUGGCCAAGGUCCGCGGCGCACAUGUCGUUGUCGUCGGCUGUGGUGGUGUGGGCUCGUGGUGUGCUCUCAUGCUCCUGAGGUCCGGCGUGGCCAAGCUCACCCUCAUCGACUUUGACCUCACCACCCUGUCGAGUCUGAACCGUCACGCCUGCGCUACCCUUGAGGAUGUCGGCACCCCCAAGGUCAUUGCUAUGCAGAAGUACUUCCGCAAGGUUGCUCCUUGGGCUGAGGUCGACGCCAAGGUUGCGCUCUGGCGCAAGGGCGAGGGCGAGCCAUGGCUCGAGGGCGCCGACUAUGUCGUUGACGCCAUCGACAACAUUGACACCAAGAUCGAGCUCCUUACCCACUGCUACAAGAACAACAUCAAGGUGUUUGCCAGCAUGGGCGCUGGUGCCAAGGAUGACCCUACUCGCAUUCAGAUCUCCGACGUCUCCAUGACCUACGAGGACCCACUGGCUCGCUCAGUUCGUACCAAGCUGAGGAAGAAUGGCAUCACUGGUGGCAUCCCUGUUGUUUAUUCGACCGAGGUUCCUGGUGAGGUCAAGCUCAUGCCUCUGCCCGAGGACGAGUUCAAAAAGGGCUCCGUCAAGGAGCUUGGUGCGUUUGACGAUUUCCGUGUGCGCAUUUUGCCUGUCCUCGGCCCUCUGCCCGCCAUCUUUGGCCUGCACGCUGCCACCUACAUUGUCCUCGACCUCGCCGGCAAGCCCCUCGACCCUUGUCCUAUUCGUCACCGCAAGAAGCUCUACCAGAGCCUCGACCGUGACAUUGGUGUUCGCGAGGCGCGCGCAUUCGGUACCACGGGCCAGCCCGAGACCAGCCCCAUCGGCGUCGACGACUUUGCGUGGAUCUUCGAGGAUGUUCACGGCGGACGCACCACGCUCCCCAACGAGGUGGUUGUCCACAAGCCCAUCGCUAUCCGCUGGGACCGGUCACUGCCCUGUACCUCGGACAACCUUGUUAUCCUCACAUCAAAGGACGCAGACAAGCACGAGAAGGAGCACCUGAUCGGUGGCAAGGACCUCGUCGAGCUGUGGGGCCAGGACGCUGUCGACAUUGCGGCCCGCCGCAACGCCGAGGCGAGGCGGUACGUCAUCUACCGCAGGGGAUAG